AUGCAGCCAUGUUGAAAACAUCACUAUGUAUGGAAGAUCUGUCAACCCCGCCUUUCCUCCAACACACUCUAUGAACAGUAAUUCUACUAGGUCAAAGGCCAUAUCAAGUCACAAAGGUCAAAGGACACCAACUCCAUUGAAAAGAGAUGAUGGAUCAAGAAAUAAAUGGGGUAAAACUGAAUCAGGUGAAAAGAGCAAGCAGUCUAGGGUCAAAGGUCAUGAUCUAGCAGCUACUGGGAAGAGUCUUCAUGUUCCUGUUUAUAAACCUAUGCAAGCUCCUGUGAGUCCACAGAAGUCUGAUGUCUUUCAUAAGUUGUUAUCAUCAGAGCUUCAUCCUGGUCAGACAAAAUCAAAUGAGCUUGAACUUCGACCUCUUCACUUCAAAUGCAGCUGUGGAAAUCUGAAGAACCGAAAGCCAGGUAUUGUUUCACCAAUCCAGUCAUCAUCGUCUUCUUGGUCCUCUAGUGAUGAAAGUGAGGAUGAGGGAGAGAAUGAUGAGCAGGAUCAGAGAGGCUAUGAUGUCGCAGAUUUGAUAAAGCUCCUGAUCAUACAGGAGACCAAGCAAGGGCCGCAGAGGUUGGGGAGCAUCCUCAGAAAUCUUGCCAGGAGCGUGACUAUUGGAGAAGAUGUGACAGAAGUCCAACUCCAUCAGCUCCUUCGUCUGUUGACAAGCCAUAUUGGAUGCGUCAGGGAAGCAGCAUUGUUAACCCUAAAACAGGCAGGAAAGAUAUCUCAUCUAGCCAGUAUGCUGUUAGAAUCAGGUGCCUUAGGCAGGGUAGUCAUGCUGCUCCAUGGGGAAGAUGAAGGUGUUGUUAUCAUCGCUGGAUGCCAGUUUCUAGAAGAGAUCACAAGCCACAAUGCCUUGAAAGAUCUUUGGCUAGAGGAGAUGAUAGUCACUGGCCUGACCGUUUUGAUUGGUCUGUUAUCAAGAGAUGGGAGGAGCCAAGCCACUACCUCUGUCCAAUCAGAGCGGGCAGCUGCCUGUCUUCUGAGCAAGCUAGCCAAUCACCUUCAACUAGGUAUCAUGAUGUUGGAUCAUGGCAUGGAUGACAUUGAGGUGGCCUUCAGGAAGCAGUCAGCUAUCAGGGAACCAAUCACAGAACUGUUAACCAAUCUGAUCCGUCAUAAUGAUCACACCGCUGGAGGAGUCCUCAAUUAUAAGUUUACAUCCCUUGUUGCAGUGGCACUCAGAGAUGGUCCUUGCUGUGUUCAGUGCAAAGCGAUGGAUUUCUGUAGAGAGCUGUGCAUGUAUGAAGCUGGUAUCCAUGCUCUAAUCAAAGACACUAUGUUACUAGCGACUUGUCUUCAAGUCUUGAAAUCAACUAACUGCAGGUAUGUCCGAAGACUAGGCACCUCCACUCUGGAUGCCCUCCUCAGAGGGUCAAACACCAGGCAACUCCAGGCAUUCUUCAAUCAAACAGACCUAGCAUUCAAUGAGAGGACCCAAGUCCAUCUAGAUCCCAAUCGUCGGAGAGCAAAGGAUGUGUGGAUACCCCUGACCAAACAGACCUUUGAGAUAGAGUAUGGUGAUGGAGAUCAGGAAGAACGGAAGGGAGUUGAUGAGAAGGAGAAGAAGAUGAAGUCUGGAGUCAAGGAGAUAGUGGACCUGGUUGUACAUGUGAUUCUAGUGGAAGGUAAAAUCCACACAGAUGAGAAGAGCAAUGUGACAGAUGUGAGGUUCCGGCCGACUCAUGAUGAUAUCUCGUGUCUUCAAGAAGCUGUUAACUGUCUGAAAUCUUUAGCAAACAUGUCUGAGGCAAUCAUGAGUUCCAACUCAACGCAUUGUCUUCUGGUCUCCCAUGGCUCUCUUUGCCUUAUUGAUCUCCUUCACACCUUCUCAGCAACAGUCUUUGGUUUCACCAAUUGUGUUACCCCAGACACCGACAGGCAGCAGCGAAACCCAGAGGCACUCUAUCUUCAGGCAUCUAUGAAGCUCUGGCAAGGAGCAACGAAAAGGACAGACUCCAUUGUAGAUGUCCAGGAGUUCUAUGACAAAUCUAAGCUGAGUUUUGUUCGGUCAGUCCUGGAAUUUUUAUUGGGUUUGGCCGAAGCAUCGUGCAAUAGAUGGAGUAGGCAGUUAGUUAGACAGCUUGAAGAGCAAGUUCUUGAAUCAACCAACUGGAUAGAGGAUGGCAGUGACUCUACUGCUCUCCCUGCACAGUAUAAGUACAUUGAGAGCAUAGGUCAAGCUUUUCAUGACAGGGGACUCCCCAAUAGCAGAGGGAUCAAAGAACGAAGGUCAAAGGUUAAAUUUGCAUGGGACGAAAAUAACGAUCACAAUGUUGGGGUCAGCGCUUUGCCAUGUGGCCCAAAACCUCAUGGGUCAAAUUCAAACAAUAGUAAUAACAAGAGUAAUAACAGAAGACAUAACAAUCAGUGGGAAACCUCUGUCAAAGGAAACGGUUAUGAACAUGGCAAUGGUGAUGACCUGGAAGUGUCCCAGAGGAGGCAGCUGGUGGUCAAGAAGGCACUGGUUAGGGGUGGGGUCUGUGAAACGGUUUCAUCAUGGAUGGCGUGUGGAGAGGAGAGAUUAGAGGAAGUAGCAUGUGAUGUGAUACAGUGUGUAAUUCAACCUCAGGAUCCUGAAGAAAUCCAUAGGUUUGCUACCGAAUCAUCAAAACAGCUCAACCCUGCCCAGAGACAUCAUGCUAGAGCCCAGGAGAUGGCCGACAGCCUGGCUCAAAGGGAUGCUCUCCUCUCAAAGAUCCUAUCUCAGAUGUCCAUGGAGACAGCUGACCUCGUGUCAGACAGUCUCCUGGUCAAAGGUCAAGAUGGGGUCAAGGGUUACAGUGAGGUGAAGAAAGAUGAGAAACCCAAGAUUAGCAAGAAGAAAAGAAAAGAUGAUGAUGCUACUUCUGUAAGUAGUACGUCAACUUCAGCGACAGCAUCAAAGCUACGUAACAAGCAUUCGGUAUCUGCUUACAAACCAACAGUUAAAUCAGACAAACCGCUGGCACACCAGACUAGCCUUACUGUUCUGGAUGUUAUUGGGAAACAGCUGGUAAAGAGUCUAAGCCAUCAAUCUUCAUCUGAUGUCAAAAGAAAGCAGUUAUUAGUGCUUUAUGAUCUAGUGGCACAUGGAGAUGUUGUUAUGCAUAUGACACUGGCAUCUUAUGGACUACACUCAUAUUUGAUACAGUAUAUCCAGAAGAAUGUGCAAUACUCGGUUAAUAUCCUCAUUUGCCUUACUAUUCUACGCAAUAUGAUGGGAGACCAGCGAAUCAAGCAGCUCUUCAUCUCAGAGGGUGGGGAGAAGUUCCUUCAACGGGUCGUCAAGGCAACAAAAGGAGCAGUCAAACUCCAUGCUGAGAGGUUUUUAUCAUUCUUAUCUCAAGGUAUGUACAAUACUGUGAGGAAAUAUUUCUCUUCUUCUUGUAUUGUAAAAUCAAAUAAAAUACCUUAACAUUUUUCACCACAAAUCAGCAAAGUGAAAGGUUUGUGCUGUGUUGUUUUAUGACUUAUUUCUUUCAAGUCUCGCACGAUUUUAAGACAAAAUUUGAGAUGAAAUCUUAAGCAGUUUUGAAAUCAUGCAACAUUAUGUAAGUGUAUAUCAGACAAUUGCUUGAAAACAUUUGUGUACAAAUCCGAUCUAAAUCCUGUUACUAGCCAAAAUUCAUAACUGAAUAUUUAUUAUUGAUUUAACUGAUAAAAGUUGAUUAAUUUCAUGGUUUUUUUGAUUGGGAAAACAUUUUUCAUAAAAAAAUUAUUAAAAACAAAAUGUUGGAAAAAAACAACAACAAUAAAAUACAACAUUUUGAUACUGAUUAUAUUUUUUAUGUACAUAUUAUCAAAAUAGCACUUCAAGGGCUUUAUUUAGUCGCUUGGCAAGUAAAAGGGCAAUAUCACAUUAUUAUUACAGAUACAGAUACAGAUACAGAGUUAUUUAUAUAAUAGAAAACAAUUUGUAUGUAUAGAUGGUAUUAAUUCUAGAUUGCUAACACUUAAUGCAGGUGUUCCGCAAGGAUCCAUUUUAGGCCCGUUAUUUUUUCUAUUAUAUGUUAACGAUAUGCAAUAUGUUGUUUGAAGGUUUGCAUGGUGGUAUGUACAAUCGCUGAUGUGGUUUACGGUACACCAUGUGAAGUGUUGUAGAAACAGUGGAUAGGAGAAGAGAAGAAAUGGAUAGGCGAGAAAGUAGAGAUUUGAGAGUAGAGUAUUCUUUCUUGAAAGUAGUCCUGAAAAGGACUGUAAACCAGGAAAGAUUGAUGAGUUGAGAACAGCUUGA